CGAAAUUCCCUUGGCAGAAAAGCAACAUCUGCUACAGUGGGACAACGACAUCGCGUACCAGAAAGGGUCAACGAAGAUCUGGGUACCUAAUUACCCUCCUUUGUGCCAGUUACUACUCAAAGAAUACCACGACGUCCUGUACGCAGAACACUUCGGUAGCAACAAGACGCUCACCGGUAUCGCCAAACACAAUUACUGGCCCCACAUGGCAGAUGACGUACAAAAAUUCGUCACUUUGUGCAUUACAUGUCAGCGGAUGAAGAGCAGCAAGCAGAAAAAGACGGGUCUGCUACAGCCUCUUCCUAUCCCAGAACAGCCAUGGCAAGUGGUCAGCCUAGACUUCAUCACCAGGCUACCAACUACCACAAGCACUCAUGACGCGAUCCUCGUCGUCAUCGACAAGUUCUCCAAAAUGGAACACUUCAUCCCAACACACACGACAGCACUUACCAAGGAGACAGCACAACUAUUUGUUCGCUACAUCUUCACACAACAUGGCAUUCCAACCACGCUCAUCUCCGACCGAGACCCUAAGUUCACCAGUAAAUUCUGGAAAGAACUGAUGUCUCUACUCGGAACCAAACUUGCCAUGUCAUCCGCAUACCAUCCACUCCUACAGCUGUUGGAUCCGCCCGAGAGACCCUGGCAACACGUCACGAUAGACUACGUCACAGGACUGCUGGCCGGUCCUAGCGGAAACGACGCCAUCCUCGUGGUCGUUGAGCGACUCAGGAAAAUGGCGCACUUCAUCGCCUGCCAACCGAAAAUUACAGCCGAGCAAAGUGCACAACUAUUCAUCGCCAAUGUCAUCAGACUGCACGGACUGCCCAUCGCCAUUAUUUCAGACCGAGACCCGAAAUUCACAUCGAAUUUCUGGCGUCACCUGUGGGACCAGUUUG